GUGCGUAUUCUUUUCUCACAUUGAAUUUUCUGCCGAUUGGGUACUUAUUCUACUUCUUUAGCUUCCUAUUUUCCUUCACUGGUAAGGAAUUUAACUGUUUUCCAGUUUGCUCUCUCUCUCUCUCUCUCUCUCUCUCUCUCUAUCUCUCUCUCUCUCUCAUACAGAAGUUUGGAAAAUGGAGGCAACUGAGGUGAAGAAGGAAAGAGUGGUUGCCGGUAGAGGCUUAAUAGAUUUUGUUUUCUCUUGGUCUCUCAAGGAUGUUCUUAAUAGCAAUUUCUAUAUGGGCAAGAUGAGGGAGAUCCCAAUGACAUUUUCGUCGGUAAAAGAAUACAAAGAGUCAUUCAUCCUCCCUCUUUUGGAGGAAACUCAUGCUGAUCUUUUAUUAAGCAUGGAAUCGCUCCCUCGAGCACCUUCAUGUGAAAUAAUCUCGGUCAAAAGAAUUACUCAAGAUUAUAAACUCCCAAAAGAUUUCUUUUACAGCAUUGUACUGAAACUGAGCAAGGUAAAGAAAAAUGAUGCAGAAGGAACAUAUGAGCCUCAAUGUGGAGACGUCAUUGCCAUAACAGAUGUGAAACCGAAAUCUGCUGGAGAUCUUGACAGGUCUAAAAUGUCCUACGUCAUUGCAAUUGUCCUGGGAGUGCAAUAUAAUCUUACUAGACUCUCAAUACUAUCCUCAAAGCCUAUCCUGUUAGUUGAAGACAAAAUGAAAGAUAUCAAGAGUGGAACUCUGUUUGCUAUUAAUUUGAUAAACUUGACAACGAAUAUUCGAAUAUGGGAAGAAUUGAAAACUAAUGUGGAAGAUCAUAAUCUCAAUAUUAUUCAGCAAGUUCUUCAAACCAAUUUUGUUGAUGUAGAAAACUGUAGUAUAUGUCAACACCAUUUGAAAGAAAAACACAGUUCAGCGUACUCAAACAUUAUAGCAAGAAUCCGCUCUUCAGAGUUAAAUGAAUCCCAAAAAUCCGCAGUUUUAAGAUGCAUAGAUACGAGGGAAUGUCAUCAUCAGAAUUCUGUGAAACUGAUAUGGGGUCCUCCAGGGACAGGGAAAACAAAGACAAUCGGUUUUCUGUUACAUUCUCUUCUUAAGAUGAACUGUAGAACACUCACUUGUGCUCCAACUAACACUGCAGUGUUGGAAGUGACAGAGAGGCUUCUAAAGACAGCUAAAGAGUCAAUGGAGUAUGAUACAUAUAGUCUUGCAGACAUAGUUUUGUUUGGGAAUGGGGAGAGAAUGAAGAUCAAAGAUCAUGAUGAACUUCUUGAUGUGUUUCUUGAUUAUCGUGUUGAUUUUCUGGAAGCGUGUUUCUUUUCAUCAUCUGGGUGGGAAGAUAGUUUGAUAUCCAUGAUUAGUUUCCUUGAGCACCCGGAGAGGCAGUAUGGAUUAUACCUGACAAAUCGAAGAGUGGAAGACUAUGAGGAGGACAAGGAUAAGAAGAAUGAAGUGUUGGGUAAGGGGGAAACAAACAGAAAUCAAAGUGAAGGAACCAGUGAUAAAAGCUCCAGGGACAAGAAAGACAAGAAAGGCAAUAAAGUGGAGGACAGUGUUAUUGUUGAAAUCUUAAAAGAAAAGGAGGAGAAGAAAAAAGUGGAGGAUAUGCUAUCUUUGAAGGAUGAAAAAAAACAACCAAAGCACGAAGAAGAAAAGGAAAAGGAACAAGCAGAGGAGGACAAGAAAUGUGAUGAUUUUUUGACAUAUGAGGAUUUUAUGAAGAAGAGGUUCGGUUGCAUCGCGAAACGGCUUUCUUUUUAUAUUGUCAAUUUGCACACGCAUCUACCAACCUCUUUUAUUUCACAACAAACAGUUGAGAAUGCUUUAGAUUCACUCAAUUCUUGUCAAAGGUUGUUGGAUGAAGUGGUAAGCAGAGAUGAACCAGGUGGAUGCUUAAAGUUCAGUGUUGCAAGAACAGAGUGCCUUGAAGUACUAAAAUCACUUCCUCAAAAAUUUCCUGUUCCGGAAUUUCACGACAGAUGGGAUAUAAAAAAAUUCUGCUUGGAAAAUGCAUGCCUGAUUUUCUGCACUGUAUCAAGUUCUGCGACGUUACAUGCAGGAGGAAUGAGUAAUGCAUUAGAGCUAGUGGUUAUAGACGAAGCUGCUCAGCUUAAAGAAUGUGAAUCGGCCAUUCCUUUACAACUUCCCGGUGUCCGACAUGUUAUACUCAUAGGAGACGAGAAACAGCUGCCUGCAACGGUGAAAAGCAAGAUAUCUGAAGAAGCAGCGUUUGGACGAAGUUUGUUUGAGAGAUUGGCAAUGCUGGGACACAAGAAACACCUUCUCAAUGUCCAGCAUAGAAUGCAUCCAUCCAUAAGCUUAUUUCCAAAUGGGGAAUUCUAUCAAUAUCAGAUUUCGGACGGGCCGAAUGUUAAAAAACAAAGUUAUAACAGACGUUUCCUUCAUGGAACGAUGUACGAUUCCUACUCUUUCAUAAAUAUUGCACAUGGAAAAGAGGAAUUCGAUAACAAGCAUAGUCUAAAAAACAUGGUUGAGGUUGCUGUGAUAUCUGAGAUUGUUUCCAGCCUUCACAAAAAUUUUAUUGAAACAAAGGAGAAUGUCACAAUAGGUAUCAUCUCACCAUACAAGGCUCAAGUGUAUGCAAUUCAAGAGAAUCUCAAAAUAUAUAGUGAUGACGACAGUAGCGAUUUUACUGUAAGUGUUCGAUCUGUAGAUGGCUUCCAAGGAGGUGAGGAGGACGUGAUAAUCAUGUCAACGGUGAGAUGUAAUGGGAAUGGAUCUGUUGGUUUUCUUUCCAAUAGUCAAAGAGCAAAUGCGGGACUAACUCGUGCAAGGUAUUGCCUUUGGAUAUUAGGAAAUGCAGAAACUUUAAUAAGAAGUGGAUCUAUUUGGAACAAACUUGUUCUUGAUGCCAAGAAGCGACGGUGUUUCCACAAUGCUGAGGAGGACAAGAAUUUGGCAUAUGCUAUUGCAGCUGCGUUGGUUGAUCUUAACCAGCUCAAUAUUUUACUCAACAUAGAUUCAAUUUUGUUUAGAAAUGCAAGAUGGAAGGUGUGCUUCGAUGAUGCUUUCUGGAGAUCUAUGGUAAGAGUUAAAAACAAUGAAUUGUGCAAGCAAGUACUUUCUCUGCUAGAAAAGCUUUCAAAUGGCUGGCGCCAACCUCAGAAGGGAAGAAACCUUAUAGUACAUGAUAAGAUUUCUUCGCAAUUGUUGGAGUAUUACAAGGUCAAUGACCAGCUCUACCUUGUUUGGACUAUAGAUAUUAUUCAAGAAAAUUCAAAUCACAUUCAGGUUUUGAAGGUUUUGGAUAUUCUGCCAUUAUCAAGUAUAGCAGAACUUGAAAAGCAGCUCGAAAUCUUAUUCGAAAGCUAUCAGUUGGAUAAGAUUAAUCGCUGCAAGUACAAAUGUAGUGAUGGGGAUUUGAUUGUUCCAAUGAGAUGGUCAAUCUCGAAUGGCACUGCUGAAGCCAAUCUUGUGCAGGACUUAGUUUCAAAAGAACUGGCUGCACUUGAUCUUACUGAUGAUUAAUGAAGAACACAGCAUCUACACCUAAUUGGGGGGAGUAACUGUAUGAAAUUUUCAAGUAAAAAUGACAAUAUUUCCAUGGCAGCUGUAGAAAUUCGAAACUCGAUAUUAUGGCAAUUGGAAUUUGAAACUCUGUAUCAAUCCAUACAACUUCCAUCCCCUUACGUAUUUCUCCAUCUUUCGUUUGAUUCAUGUAGGGGAGAAAUGUUGGCAGCUAUUCUGCCACUGAAAAGGAAGGUGUAUGAACUGAUUGCGAGUAUGUACUACAACAAAUAAACUUACUAUGUCUUGUGAAAAAUGCUAUUUAUUACCUUUUAUAGCAUUUUUAAGAAUACUAUCUUAUCCAAUGCUAAAAAAAAUUUCAUCUUUCUUAUAGCA